GCGCUGCAUUGUGGGAGGACCUCGCGGCUGUUUCAUUCAAGAGGAAGAAACAUGGUUUUAGUUAACCUAUAUUUCCCACUGUGAACCAGUUACUGUAGAACAUCUAAUUCUUUGCUUUUAAUCCAAACUACAUCACAGAAACGAAGCACACAGCAAAGCUGACUGUAAUGUUGUGGUGUUUUCAACGUUAGCGGCUAAAGAGUUAGCAGGCUGUCUGAACGAGUUAUGAGAGUUGGCCAUGGAAUAAUUUGCAGUCUAAAUAGAUUUAUUUUAGUAACUGGACGCAAACCGAAUGCAGGACAGUAAAAUCUGGACUGAUAUCAGUGACAUUUCCCCCCACACUUUCAUUCGGUUCAAAGUAAUCCAGCUAGAUAGCUGGCUACCUAGCUAGCUGUUGUUAUUUCUGCUGUUAGUUAAUCAGAUUUUGUCUGAAACGGCACAACACAUCGGUUAAAUGGACGAGUCAGAUGUUGAGAGAGCAAAGGACUUCUGGUCUCAAGUGGAUGUGGACCGGGCUUUUGAUGAGUUACUGAGGUUCCUUGUGAGUCUGAGAGACAACAUCAAAAAUAAGACUGCUUCAGACAAAGGCUACAUCCAAGCCAGGAAUAUUAUCUUGGAGGCUGGCGUGACACUGAGGGCGGCCUUAAAGAUUGUUGCCAUUGAGGAGGUGCUCAUCAGUGAAGACAUUCUGACCGUGUCUGUGUCAGAUUCUCACUGUACUCUACUGAAAAUGAAGGAUGGACCUGUGCCAGAGGAUGUUUUACACGAGGACAGCUCAGGAAGUUCGAGGAAUCCGGAGUCUGUUUCAGACAACAGCCAGAUGUCUUUGUCUAACAGAAACGAUGCCAUGUUAUCAGGAAAGUUUGACCAAUAUGAUCAUGUGGUGCUGCUGUCACCUUCCAGACUGUCACCGGAGGACCAGUUGGCCCCCAUGUCACCCAUUCAAAUUUCCUACCAGCAACACGACUGCAGUGCAGCCUGCCUCCCUCGCCUACCACCUAGCGUAAACCAUUUUCUGGGUCAUAAUCCUUUGAGAGUGCCUCUUCUCUGCCACUUCCAGCGGCAUUGUGCCAAGCUCCGCUCAUUUGCAGAGCAAGAGGCGGAGCCACAAGGGGAGGAGCCGGACUCAGUGGAGGCAGAUGUGCUCUAUAAAGCCCCUUGUGGGCGGGGCUUGUGCUGCAUGGAUGACGUGCUGCAGUUCCUACAACAGACCAAAAGCCUUGGAAUUCUGCUGCCUGUGAAUUUUAGCUUCAAUCCGCAGGUGCUGCCGGACCGCCAGGCUCAGCCACAACUGCUCGGAUCCACUCCAUCUCUUCCGGCAACCAUCUUGUUUGAGAGAGACAUUAGCCGUGGGACAGAGGCGCUCCCAGUUCCGCUGUGUAACGAGGUGGAUGGGGUCAGACCCAAGGAAUUUCGUUACCGCAAAGACCGCUGGCCUCAUGGCUGCUUCUUAAGUGCAGCUCCGUUCUUCACAGCCUGUUGCGACUGCACAGACGGCUGCACAGACAGUCAGAGCUGCACUUGUCUUCAGCUGUCUCUGAAGGCUGGUGCUGACCCAGGCCAGCUUUACGUCCACCAGCGGCUAAAUGAACCUGUGUCCACAGGGCUGUAUGAGUGCGGCCCUUGGUGUGGAUGUGAGAAAAGCAGGUGUCUGAAUCGUGUGGUCCAGCGUGGACUCCGUGUUCGCCUGCAGGUGUUUCGCACCCAUGACAAAGGGUGGGGUGUACGCUGUCGUGACGACCUGGACAGGGGCACCUUUGUCUGUACUUACGCAGGUGUUGUCCUUAGUCUUGGGCGGAGCUUAGAAGAGCCCCUGUCCUCUAAAAACAUGAAGGAGGAGCCAGUGUCGGAUGACGAGGUGGAGGUAGUGGAGGAAUGGACUCUUCCUACAGGGCAGAAAAAAACAGUCACUGAAUCACUGGACACUUCUCCCCCUCUUUAUAUUCCUGUGAUCCAGAGGCCUGCAGGCCAACUGCCAGUGGCACUGGAUGGAGAAAAGCAACAGCUGGAACAGCAGGAACAGCAGGAGGAAAUGAAUGCCUCUUCAUUAUGUGAUUCCAGUAAGACAGAAACUAAAAGCCAAGAUGAUAAAGAGGAAGUAGUGAGGAAGAAGCCCAGGUUGGAUGGCAAGGAUGAAAAUGGAGACACCACCCUUCCAGAUCAGACAGUGCCCAAAGGAGAUGUAUCGAAACAAGGCUGUCAGGAGCAAAUGUAUUACCUUGAUGCUUCAAAAGAAGGAAAUGUAGCAAGAUUUAUAAAUCACAGCUGCAAUCCCAACCUAUUUGUCCAGAAUGUCUUUGUUGAUACUCACGACCCCAAAUUCCCAACAAUUGCCUUCUUUACAUGCAGAACAAUCACAGCAGGGACAGAACUGACCUGGAACUACUCCUAUAACCCGGGAAGCGACCCUGAGCAUGAGGUACCGUGCCUGUGCGGUUACGAGAACUGUCAAGCAGUUCUUAUCUAAGCCAAGUGUGAGAAGUGCUGCAUAUACCACCACAUGCCUGAGCUGCAUCAAGCAGCAAGAGCAAGCGUCAAGUCAAAGGCACAGGAAACCCAGUGAAACCACGUUUAUGAAAUCUACCCUGUAUGGCGAAAACCUAUCUUGAAGCUGGGCAAUCACAGACCAUCUUCAUAAUGGGAUAUUUCAGGUCUGUGCUUGUACUUACUGAGCUGUAAUCUGUAAAAGUAUCAAAUGAAACCAUGACGGUCAGUAGCCAUAUAUUGCUGUUCCUACUUUGUCCUACUGUACAAAAUGCAACACCAACGGUAUAUAACGAAUCUUUUUUUUGAUACAA